GCCGGGCGGACCAUAGAGUCCGGGUCCGCCGGGGAUGGCCGGCGCUCAGGGGGCAGCCGGUGGCGGCCCGGGGCGCUUCGAGGAGGUGGCGCUGCGCUUCACGCGGGCCGAGUGGCGGCUCCUGGGGGACGGGGACAAGGCGCUUUACCGGGACCAGAUGCUGCGGAUCUACGAGGCCCUUGUCUGCCUGGGAUAUCAAGGUCCCACACCAGACUUAAUCGGCCGCAUCCAGCGAGGGGAAAUGGAGCUCUGGGUUUGUGAUGAGAGCCCUGGAGAAAACUCAUGGUCUGAGGGCCACUUGCCAGCAGGUGCUGCGAUACUGAGCAGAGCUGAGCAGCAGCCCCCAGAGGAAGAGCCUGCAAACCUGGAGCUGGUUCCAGGCAGAAACCAGCUACCUGAGCAAUGGGGACAGAGAACAGCAGAGCCUCAAAAGAGCCCUGUCUGCAGAGAAGGAGUUGAGGGACAGAAAGACCCAAGGAGCCCUGAGGGCAGUACUCACAGUGGACAGGAACUGUAUAUAUGUGGAGAGUGUGGAGAAAGCCUCUGGGACCUGCAGGAGGUCAGGGCGCACGGGGAGGCCCAUGGGAGGGAGCUGGCCCACCCCUGCACCAUGUGUGGGGAGAGCUUCCAGUAUAAGUGCCACCUCGUGGAACACCAGAGGAUGCACUUGGGUGAGCAGCCUCACCCCUGCCACGAGUGCGGGAAGCGCUUCUCGCGCCUGUUCCAGCUCCAGGUGCACCUGCGCAUCCACUCAGGGGACCGUCCCCACCUCUGCCCAGACUGCGGGAAGAGCUUCACCCGCCGGGAUGGCCUGCGCGUGCACCGGCGUAUCCACAGUGGGGAGAAGCCACACCGCUGCACGCAAUGCGGGAAGAGCUUUGACUGCCCAUCCCGCCUGCGUGUCCAUGGGCGUGUCCACACAGGGGAAAAACCAUACCGCUGCCCUGAGUGUGAGAAGAGCUUCACCAACCAAUCCCGCCUGCGUGACCACCAGCGCCUGCACGCGGGGGAUAUGCUGCACCAUUGUGCCGACUGUGGGAAAGGCUUCGCCUACCUGUCCCGCCUGCGUGACCACCAGCGCGUGCACACGGGGGAGAAGCCCUUCUGCUGCGCGCAGUGCGGGAAGCGCUUCACACAGAGCUCCGCCAUUGCCAAGCACCAGCUCAUCCACACCGGGGAGAGGCCACACCGCUGUGCCCAGUGCGGCAAGCGCUUCCGGCAGAGCUCUGCGCUCACCAAGCACCAGCUCAUCCACAGCGGGGAGAAGCCGUACCCCUGCAUGCAGUGUGGGAAGCGCUUUGCCGAGAGCUCCGCACUCACCACACACCAGCAUGUGCACACUGGGGAGAGGCCACACCACUGCACCCACUGUGGGAAACGCUUUGCCUCCACUUCGGCUCUCAACAAACACCGGCGAUCCCAUGGGCCAGACCUUUGCCGCUGACACAGGCUGGUGUCUGCAGUUCUUACCUCUCUUUUCACCCCACCACCUAUGCCCUGAACCCCAGUUCAGUGGGGAGACAGUCCAGCACCUGGCCUGAAAUGCCCCCAUCACCCUGUUCACCAGCUGCUGGGUUUGCACAUAGUAGAACUGAAUGAAUGUCUGUCCUUCUGGCUAUGGCCUGGUGCUGUAGGGUUAUGGUGUGGUUUAUUCACCUUGUACUGGCAGAAGAAGCAUCUUGGGUGGGCACCCCUGCAUUGAAGUGCAGGGGAACUUUCCCACCCAAGCAGCUUGAUCACAGGGGGAAGGAGCAGGGGUGGGAAGGGGAGGAACUGGGAAAGUUGCAUUCAGGCCAAGGCAAAGGAAACAGGAUACAGUUCCAGUAUUUAUUGUAUACUUAGUAUACUUUAAACUUCCCAUCCACCUCUACAUCAACUGCAUGGGGGAAGGUGCCCUCCUAGCACACAGCAAUAUUGCAUAACUUCCCAGUUUGUCUAAGGAGGAUGCUUACCGGCAGCUGCUGAAGUCACACAUUCCUUAAUCAGCAGGUCUUGGUAUCUUGCAUUAAAGAGUUUUCAAAGAGCUGGCUCAGAAGCUCUCUAGGCCAUUAAUUUUCAACAGACUGUGGAACACCGGAGAAGGUCUGGAUGAAUGGAAGAAUGAUAAUGUUAUGCCUGGCUAAAUAAAGAUCUAUUAGCCCAGUACUGGUCACGGGGAAAUUAAUGUAAUGACUGAUACAGGACUCAGUUAAUAAUGAACAAAAGGAGGGUCACGUAAAUAUUGUAAAUCAUCGCAGGUCAGGGACAGGUAAUGGUGAUGCUGCGGAGCUGACAGAGUGCCUGAGGUAUUCAAGCUAGGUGUGGGAGUUCAGUACAGCCAGAGACCAAGGCAUGCAUCUGAGAGUGACUGGAGGCCAGGCUCCCAUAGGAAAGGUGAGAAGCUGUCUUUAGCUGCUGUAGGAGGAGCUUUUGUGGGGGGACAGUCCCUGGAGGGACUUUCUGUAGAACCAACAUUUACAGACAGGCCAUGAGGCAUCGCUCUGUGCCCACCCUGUUUGCCAAGCCCUCCCCCCACCACCCAUCUCAGCAUCUCCUCCAGGUCUGCCAGUCUAUCAGGAGCGCCAUCUGUUCCAGCUCCCGGCUCCUUACUCCUUCCAGACA